ACUUCGCGACGCUGUGGACGUCAACGCCUCUGCCGACUGUGCUAGUGUGCGUGUGCAUAAUUACGCUAGUGAGUGCGACAGAGACACAGGCAGACAGAGAGAGAGAGAGAAAGGGUGAGCAACCGUUACGUUGUGCUUGUUACACGUGAGUCGCAGCAGACUAGCAGAUAAACAAAACAGCAGCAAAAGCACAAGGAAAAGAGGGCGCGCUGCCAAAAGUCAAAUUACGCGCGUUUUUUAGCCGCAGUCAGCUCUAACGAAGGCAAAACUUUUACCUUUACCGCCCACCGCAAGAUGUCGCUGCUUACGGCCAACAGUCACUCGCUGUCCGAGGAGGAGAUCGAUGAAUACUCCGAUGGCACUGUUAAACUACGCAACUCUAACAUUGAACUUAUGGAUCAGGAUAUAUUAUAUCAUUUGGCACUAGGCAGCGAGAGUCAUGAUUUGCAGGAAAUGUUCGGAGAUGUUAAGUUCGUUUGCAUGGGCGGCACACCGAAGCGCAUGGAGAACUUUGCACACUUCAUUAUGGAUGAGAUUGGCUAUAAGCUGCCUGCUGGCACCCAGCUGCAGGACAUUAGCGCCUAUUCGUAUCGCUACUCGAUGUAUAAAGUGGGUCCAGUGCUGUGCGUCAGCCACGGCAUGGGUACACCUUCGGUUAGCAUACUGAUGCACGAAAUGAUCAAAUUGAUGUUCCAUGCCAAGUGCAUCGAUCCCAUCUUCAUACGCAUUGGCACCUGUGGCGGCAUCGGAGUCGAGGGCGGCACCGUGAUCAUCACAGAAGAUGCUUUGGACGGACAGCUGCGCAACUCACACGAGUUUACGAUUCUGGGCGAGACCAUACAUCGGCCGGCUAAGUUGGAUAAGAAGCUGGCACGUGAGUUGAAGUCGCUUGCCAGUGCCGACGAUCCCUAUGACACCAUCAUUGGCAAGACGCUGUGCACAAACGACUUCUACGAGGGCCAGGGACGGCUCGAUGGCGCCUUCUGUGAGUUCAGCGAAACCGACAAGAUGAACUAUUUGGAGAAGCUGCGGAACAAUGGUGUUGUCAACAUCGAAAUGGAGAGCACCAUCUUCGCAGCACUAACGCAUCAUGCUGGCAUCAAGGCGGCAGUGGUUUGUGUUGCCCUGCUAAAUCGCCUCAAUGGUGACCAGGUCAAUGCGCCCAAGGAGGUGAUGCACGAGUGGCAACAGCGUCCCCAGAUCCUAGUGUCUAGAUAUAUACGCAAGGUGCUGGCACAGCAUGGCCAGUUGAAAUCGCUCUUUGGACAACAGGGAUCCAUUAAGUCGCCCAGGCGGUUUAAGCUGGUCCAGCAGGAAUCUCAGGCUCACGAGUAAAGCUAGCAGCCAAAUGCAAAAGCAAAUGCAAAGGCAAAUGCAAAUUAUCAUUGCAUAUUUGAUAUAUUGAUUUCAAAUUACCUUUGACUUAAGUGUCAACCCAACUCGCAUGUAUACAACUUGUUUUAAAGCGUUGCUUUAAUCAUUCCAUAGUUUAGUUCACUCUAAGUUCUUAGUUCUUAUUUUCCUAUGUAUCCUUGUGAGUGUUAUACUUACAUAAACAUAUAUAUCUAUAUAUAUUUCCUUAUUAGCUUAUUUAAACUCAAGCGUAUUGCACGUAUUGGCGCCUUACCGCCGAAUGCUGAAACAACUAACCGCAAAUAAAUAUAAACAUAAAAUAAAUCAAUGAAGAAAUAAAUAUCUUCGGCUUGCCUGAGAUUCAAUAUCUUUGUAGACAUAUGACUUACGAUUUUGCAGACAUAUGACAAGAAGAAUAUAUGUAUAUAUAUAUUUUAAAAUACGAAUUCAUAAAGGUUUCCAUGCAAAACUUUAUUUCUUAUCGAUUCUUGCUAGAGAUUUUUAGUUUGGUUGUCCGAUAUGGAUUAUAUUCAUACAAAAACUAAUUUUCUCAGCUAUCUUGCAAAUGUCAGCCGUAGAUUGGCUCAAACCAGCCAAACAAUGAUAAAGCUUAAGAAUAUAUCAGCUCAGAUCAUCUCAGCUCACCAUAUCUGUUGCUGCACUAACCUCUACAAGGCUAUCAAAACGAACUCAAUGUGUGCGUUUCAAAAUACAAAACUCUUUAAAAUUGUUGUUGAUUGGAUCGAUGUUUGCAAAAUACAUUUCAAUA